AUCUGGGGCGAGGACAAGGCUGGGAUAGCCUCUAGAGACAUUGAUUCCCAGUCUUUGUUUUACAUAGUCAAGACACGCAGAAUGGUGUCCACGUGCACAACUCUCGCAGUUUAAUAUCCGGUCAGCAAAGCUGCCCUGACCACUGCAGCCAGGGGUCUGGGGACCCAGGGCAAGAAGGGCGGAGAGUGGCGGGGAUGUCUCCAGAGAGGCGCUGGCCUGUCGUCCCUGCCCUGUCCCGCCCCGCCCAGCUCGGGCUAGCUUUCCUUCUCGGAGCCUCCGGGGGCUGAGACCAAGAAGCACGGCCUCCCGGGACCAGGAUCCAGGGAAGGCCCGGAGAUGGCGCCGAUCCUCAAAGGGUCCAAGCCACUGGGGGCCAACCUGGAACCCUCCACCGGAGCUCGCGGGAAUCGCCGCUGAGUCAGCAACGCACGCGCGCGCCCGCGGUCACUCUGGCCCCGCCCCUCUGGCCCCGCCCCGUCCGCUUAGAGCCUCGGUUAACCCCUUCCUACCCAGAACCGCAGGAACGUCGCCUGAGAAGCCUCCACUCCAUUCGAAGACCACGGGAUGCCCUAGAAUCCCGUCACUCUACACUCCCAACUGGAGUUCAGUGAGUUGUGCGCUCUAAAUUAGAUUUUAUUUCGGGCCCUGGACUGCACUUUCCCGGAGUCUCUGCCUCAGCUUCUACACCUCGAAAAGGUGACUCAGAUCGAGGAAUUGGACUCCAUCCACGGACGGAAGGCUACACCUCUAGGACUGUGCCUGGUGCAGGUAGCUAAGGCUCUUUCCUUUCUUACGAACCCUGUGACGAGACAGCAGUCGGAGGGCAGCACUCGGAGCCUUCCUCUAUGCCCUAUGGGCACUUUGUUCUCCAAAGCUCUUGCCCAAGAGCGCUUUUAAUUUGUUGGUUGGUAAGCCAAGAGUUAAAACAAGAGCUUGAAGGCGGGCUUCCGUGACAUCACUAGCAGUUCGCGUCUGACCUCAGAGGCGGGGGCGUGGCUAACAUCACUCUGCCCCCUCCCUCCCUAUUCCCCGGCCCCUCCCCGCUGUCACCAAGCCAGGGGCACAUGAUGCAACCCGCCGCGGUUCAGAAGGUUGAUUGGUGGCCGCGCCCGGCGCCAGGCACAGGGAUUGGACAGAGGAGGCUGUGACGAAAACUGGACACAGCCCUGAAAAGAAGGGAGGAGAGAAAGAAGAGGGAGGGGGGCCCGAAGAGGAGGGGGUAGGGGAGGCGGGGUCCCGGCACUGUGCUCGCGCCCCUAGCGCGCCAGUCCCCGGGCUGCAGGGAGCGCAGCGCGCGCGGCCCGGGCUCCGGCCACCGGACGCUCUACCGGACACGACCCUCCUUGGAGCUUGGACAACUGCCCACCUCGGACACUGCACCGGACACUGCCCCCCACAGGGCUGGACACUACAACGGACACUACUUCCCAGCUCCGGACAUUGCUCCCUCUCCCCCACCCCCAGCCCUGGACGCUUCCCCCCCUCCCCCUCCGGGGGCCCAGACUCCGAGCCCCCUGCAGGCUCCAGCUAGCGACCCUUUGCACCCCAGCGCCAGACACCACCUCCUCCCAGUCCCCCACUCCCUUUCCCUCCUCCCGCCUCAUCUUUCUCCUGCUCUGGUCGGAGCCCCGCCAGUUUCUCCGACCCCCUGCAGCUCGGCCUCGGCUGCCCGCGCCCCCAUCCCGCGGCUGCUCGCCCGGAUGCCUCUCCCCGGGGGAUUGUGGUGGCUCCUCUGCUGCCGUCGAGGCUUUACUCUUCUGCACCGGGACUACGGGGACGGCGAGCUUAGCGGGGACGGGGACGAAGACGAGGACGAGACCUUUGAGCUACGGACCCCGAGUCCAGCGGGCGGCGGGAGGGGCCCCCUAGAUGUGACGCUGACUCAGCCUAUGCGGAGUGGGCCAGUUUCAGACAGGCUGCAAAGCUGGGAGGAGACGCGGAGCCUCAUCCCGGAGAAGGGGCCGUCUGAAGACGACCCAGAUGUCGUCGUGAAAGGUUGGCUGUACCGCGAGCCCCGCGGAGGAGGGGCGCGGCCCUGGUUGCCCCCGCGCCGAGCCUGGUUCGUGCUCACGCGGGACUCCCUGGACCAGUUCAGCAGCAGCGGGAAGGGGGCGAGGCGGCUCGGGAGCCUCGUGCUUACCAGCCUGUGCUCGGUGUCCGGCCCUGAGCGCAGGCCCAAGGAGACUGGUCUGUGGUCAGUGACCGUGUCUGGCCGGAAGCACAGCGUUCGGCUCUGCUCACCUCGCCAGUCGGAGGCAGAGCGCUGGGGGGUGGCGCUGCGGGAGGUGAUCGCCUCCAAGGCGCCUCUGGAGACCCCCACCCAGCUGCUGCUCAGGGACAUUCAGGAGAGUCGUGGGGACCCAGAAGCCGUGGCCCUUAUUUACAGAAGAAACCCGAUUCUGAGGCACACCAGUGGAGCCCUGUAUGCCCCACUCCUGCCUCUGCCGUACGGAGUCAGUACCCCAGGUCCCGGCUACGCGCCCUUGCGCGAGGAGGCCGUGAGGCUGUUCCUGGCGCUGCAGGCCCUGGAGGGGGCGCGGCGCCCCGGGCCCCUGAUGCAGGGUGUGCUCCAGACCUGCCGGGACUUGCCCGCGCUCCGAGACGAACUCUUCCUGCAGCUGGCUAAGCAGACCUCGGGCCCCGCGGGGCCCCCCGGGCCGCCAGCUACCCAAGACCCCGCGACCCUGCGGUACUGGCAGCUCCUCACUUGCAUGAGCUGCACUUUCCGGCCGGGGGGAGCCGUACGGGGACACCUCCUCGGGCAUCUGGAGAGGACUGAACAGGCGCUCCCGGACUCGGAACUGGCGGAAUAUGCGCGCUUCAUACGGAGAGCGCUGGGCCGGACGCGCGGCCGGGAGCUAGUGCCAUCGCUGGCCGAGAUUUCCGCGCUGAGCCGACGGCAGGAGUUGUUGUGCACCGUGCACUGUCCGGGGGCUGGUGCCUGCCCUGUGGCCAUAGACUCCCACACCACGGCGGGAGAGGUGGCUCGAGAGCUGGUGGGGCGGCUGGGCUUGACCCGGAGCCGUAAUACAUUCGCGCUGUACGAGCAGCGAGGGGCGCAGGAGCGAGCCCUGGCCGGGGGGACUCUCGUGGCCGACGUGCUCACCAGGUUUGAGAACUUGGCGGCGGAGGAAGCCGGGCUGGAGGACCCGCCGGACACCGGUUGGAGACUGUGUCUGCGUCUUCACGGACCUCUGCACCCUGAGGGGCUGUCCCCAGAUGGUCACGAACUGCCCUUCCUCUUUGAGCAAGCUCACGCUCUGCUGCUGCGUGGCCGGCCACCCCCGCCCGACGACACGCUGCGCGCCUUGGCGGCGCUGCGGCUGCAGAGCCUGCACCCGGACUUCUCCCCGCGGGCGCCUCUGCCGCGCCUGGAUCGCUUGCUCCCCACCCCGGCCCGGCCGCGUGAAGAUCCUCCCCGCCCGCUGCCCAGGCCUCCCCAUUCCGCCGCCCUGCUGGCCGGGGCGAUCUGGAGCCCGAGCCUGGCCAAGAGGCGGGCGGAGCGGGCCCGGCACGGCGGGGCCGGCCGCACCGCGGGAAGCGUGGCCCGCGAGGGAGGAGGUGGCGCCGGCAGGGCGGCUGCUGUGCUGGGAGGCUGGAAGCGGCUACGGGGCAUGGGCCGAGCUGAGGCCAUGGCUGCCUACCUGGCUCUGGCGGCGCAGUGUCCAGGGUUCGGCGCUGCUCGGAGCCUGGUGGGGGCGCUCCACAGAAGCUAUGCCUGGGCCUGGGAGCCAAGGCCAUGUCCCUCUCGCGGCCCGGUGAGACAGAGCCCAUCCACAGCGUCAGCUAUGGCCGUGUGGCCGCCUGCCAGCUAAUGGGCCCCCACACCCUGGCCUUGAGGGUGGGAGAGAGCCAGCUCCUCCUGCAGAGUCCCC